AUGGGUAGUGACGGAAAAGGGUCUGGAGAUGAAAGUCAUGUGGUAACAGAGGCGACUAUGGAAAAAACUGUGAACAGUGCUACUGUGCUUCGUUAUCCCUUUCAAAUUAUGGAACUUGGGUGGUUGAUAGAGUACAUUGAUACAUGCUUGUCGAGGGAGGAGCGCUGGGCGGCUGCAAUGCGCAUUAUUAACUGUUUAAUGGCUUUCGCAUUGAUAAAUGAAGAUCCCUUUUUAGAGCAAGCCGCUUUUCAAUUCUACGAUACCAUGAUUGAAAAGGGUGGUAAAAAGAUUUGGCCGAAACGUACUCGUGAUGUAAGUCUCACUUUUGAAGCUGCUUAUUCUGCCUUUGAGACAGCUUGUGUUAUAGGCAAAUGUCCUCAUCUUGAUUCAAGAAAAAGAGUAGGUCUCCUUAAGGUACGUGAGGAAGUUAUUAAAAAAAUUGAAAAAUCAUUGGAGAAUACUUCAAUUACUGCUGGUAAUACAAAAAUAAAUGAAGUUUUAAAUAUUUCUAUUUCUCGGAUGCAAGCACUUAGACAAUCACCUGAUUCAUCUCUAGCAUUUGAUGCUUUAAUGGAAUCUUUGAAGUCGCUUUUUUUCUGUUUUAUCCCUUGUUUGGGUCUUUACAGUAUGAUACAUGGAUCUGGUACUAAAAAUAAUAUCUACGUAUGUAAUGAAUGUUGCCCUUGUUUCGCUAAACUCCGAACAACAUAUACCCUCUUUAUAAGAGAUGUUGAAAAAACGAAAAUUAUUGAUUGUUUACUUAUGAUGGCAGUAAAAGAAGAUGAUGAUUUAGUGGCCAAGUUAGUAGAAGAAUUAUUUACUCGAUUUGAUUGCCGAAUUCCACUUCUUGAAAAACCUAUUAGAAGAAUUCAGAAUGGUGCUUUAUUUAUAGUAAGAAUGGCAUUAUUUGAUGCUUUUCGAUAUGUUAAAAUUCUUUUAACAAGUCUUCGAGCAUCUCCUGUAACUCUUAUUCCUCUUAUGGAUAACGUUAUUCUUACGUUGUCUAUCACUCGAAAAGAAAUGAAGGGUAUUAAAGGAUUAAGCGAUCAUCUUGCCUUAGUAGACCGAGCCUCAGCAACUGCUGACAGUAUUUAUUCAAAAUUGGGAACUGAAAAGUCAGCUCAAGAGCUUAAUACAUUAAAAGAAGAUAUAAAUCGUAUUUUUUCUCUUUUGUGUGCCCCUGAGUUCCAUUUAGCAUCACAUAGCAGGGACCCGUUGGUUGGUAAAGGAGCUAAUUUGAUGUGCGGUAAUCCUGGCUGUCCAGGAAAGGUUAAGGAAAUGUUGAAAUGCAGUGGAUGCCGUGUAACAUUUUACUGCAACGUGGAGUGUCAACGAGAGGAUUGGAAAACCCACCGCCUCCUGUGCAAUGAAAUGCGUUCCCGAAAAAUUGCGCCAACGCCUGUCGAAGUGGUGGAAUGUCCGGUACAAACACUUAAAGCUGCCGCUCUAGCUUAA